AUGCUCCCAAAUUACAGCGAUAAAGAUGAAAAUGAGGAUGGAGAGUCCAAUUCGACCAUUAGCCUGGGCUCUUCCCUCUCUCCAAUCAACAAUUCGUAUUGGUUAUCCAGUUCUGGCCAGUUUGCUUUUGGCUUCUACAAGAAAGAAAAUGGCUUCUUCAUAGGCAUCUGGUUUGAAAAGAUUCAGCAGAAAACAGUCAUAUGGACGGCAAACAGAGACGACCCACCACUCCUCAAAGAUGUCAAAUUGAUUCUGACCAUUAAUGGCUCGCUUGUCUUGCAGUCAGAGGAUGGCCAACAGACUUCAUUGCUCAACGCUCCGCUGCCCGCUUUCUCAGCUUCCAUGCUCAAUACUGGAAACUUUGUCCUCUACAGUUCUGAUUCAAGGAUCAUAUGGGAGAGUUUUGGUGUUCCAACGGACACCCUUUUACCAGGUCAGCGUCUCUUGCCAUUGGGCCAGCUUGUCUCCAACAUCUCUGGGACAAAUCAUGGAAGAGGAAAUUUUCAACUGAUUAUGCAGCCUGACGGGAACUUGGUGCAAUACCCGGCAAACGCUCCAAUAGCAGCAGCUUUGGCUUACUGGUAUUCGAAAACAGACACCGCCGGUGACAAUGUGACUCUAAAUCUUGACGUUAAUGGCCAGCUUUACCUGCUCAAAAAUACUACUGGCAUCAUUAUAAAAAAUUUUACUGCCCAAAGGAACUCUUCUGGUAUUGCUUUCUAUCGUUUGACUAUUGAUUUUGACGGAAUAUUGCGGUUAUAUUCUCAUAGCUGGAAUCAAAGUGAUGAUUGGGUAACCGAGUGGGCAUCGACUACUAAUAGAUGUGAUCCUAUAGGCUUAUGUGGCGUUAAUUCUUAUUGUACUCUCAUGGAUCAGGAACCCAUUUGUGUAUGUUCUCGUGGUUUUGAUUUCAAUGACCAGAAGAUGAAUAAUUUGGGGUGUAAGAGAAAUUCCAUCACAAAUGGUUGUAUGAGCAAGAACGGAGAAUCAUUUGACCUUCAGGAAUUGGAAGCUGUUGCAUGGGAAGACAAUCCAUAUUCUACUUUUCCGUCGACCAAAGCUGGUUGUAGAGAUGACUGCUUGAGAGACUGCAACUGUGAAGCUGCAGUGUUUAAAGACCAGCAGUGCAGUAAACAAAAGCUUCCACUAAGAUUUGGGAGAAGACAAGAAGUGGGCUCAGGGACUACUAUAAUCAAGGUGGGCUUUGGGAGUUCUGAUACAAGAAAUGCAAGCAGGGGAAAGGAUUUCUUAAUUGGGAGUUUUGCAGUCUUAGCUUUUGCUCUUAUUGUCCUUGCAGUUGGUGCUAUUCUUAUUUUCAGAUCUUAUCGUGUUUGGAAAUAUAAAAAGAUUACAAAUCAUGGGAAUGAUGGGUUAAUUGAAGAUGUCGGUCUACGAUCAUAUACAUAUGAUGAGCUUGAAAAGGCAACAAACGGUUUCACAGAUGAAGUGGGUAAAGGAGCUUUUGGGACAGUUUUUAAAGGAGUCCUGUCAAAUUGUGGGGGAGUUGUGGCUAUCAAGAGACUAGAGAAAGUGGUGGCUGAAGGCGAAAGAGAAUUUCGAAAUGAGAUGAAAUCAAUUGGGAGAACUCAUCACAAAAAUCUGGUUAAGUUGUUUGGAUACUGCCAUGAUGGAACUCAUCGGCUCUUGGUCUAUGAGUACAUGAGCAAUGGUUCACUAGCAGAUUUCCUCUUCAAAUCUGAAAGAAAGCCAAGCUGGGAGGAAAAAUCUGGCAUAGCUUUGAAUAUAGCUCGGGGCAUCCUAUAUUUGCAUGAAGAGUGUGAGACCCAGAUCAUCCACUGCGACAUCAAACCUGAAAAUAUACUAAUGGAUGAGCAUAAAUGUACAAAAAUUGCUGAUUUUGGUCUGGCCAAGCUGCUGAUGCCUAACCAAACCAGAACAUACACAGGGAUUAGAGGAACAAGAGGGUAUGUUGCACCAGAGUGGCACAGAAACUUGCCCAUAACAGUGAAAGCAGAUGUCUACAGCUUUGGUGUCAUGUUGAUGGAGAUCAUAUGUGGUAGAAGGAACGUGGAUAUGGAUUCUCCAGAGGAUGAAGUAAUUCUUGCAGAUUGGGUCUACGAUUGCUUUGCGGCUGGUGAGCUUGAUAAGCUGGUGAAGGAUGAAGAGGUGGACAAGAAUAAGCUGCAGAGGAUGGUUAGAAUUGGAAUUUGGUGCAUUCAGGAUGAGCCAUCCUUUCGCCCUUCUAUGAAGAAGGUGGUAUUGAUGUUGGAAGGGACAGUGGAGAUACCAGCUCCUCCUAGUCCUACCUCCAUUAUAACUUCCAUAAGAAUUAAUUGAGAAUUAGAUUUUUGUAUAACUGCUAUAUAACUAGAUGAAGUGACAA